UCAAGCUCCGACGCGUCCUUUAAUCAGAUACUGGGUUGCAAAGUUCGAAGCAGAAGGCACGACAGUCAGUAACAACCAUAUGGGUCGGCCCAGAGUCGGUAGAAGUGCAGAAAAUAUCGAACGUGUUCGCGCAGCAGUAAGACGAACGCCUCGCCGUUCAAUAAGAAAACAUGCGGUCGCUCUAACUUUAUCAAAAUCUACUGUUCACACGAUCUUACAGAAGGACUUAAAGUUUCAUCCCUACAAAAUUCAAAUUGUUCAAGCAUUAAAAGUGGAAGAUUAUCCAAUUCGUGUUGCAUUUGCCCAGCACAUGUUACAGAACUUCAACAAUUUCGACAACAUUCUGUUUAGUGACGAGGCCCAUUUUCACUUAAACGGAGCCGUAAAUAAACAGAAUUGUCGAUAUUGGGGUGAUAACAACCCAAGGGAAAAACAUCAGCAACCUCUACACAGUCCCAAAGUGACAGUGUGGGCAGCAAUGUCUGCACAUGGAAUCAUUGGUCCCUUUUUUCUUGAAGAUGGAAAUCAUCGUACUGUCACUGUUAACUCUAACCAUUAUAGGGCAAUGCUGAAAAAUUUUCUUGAGCCAGAAUUGCAAAAUUUUGCUGGCUAUAACCAAAACACUUGGUUUCAGCAAGAUGGGGCCGACUGCUCACACUGCGAAUCUUUCCAUGCAGCCAGGUCGUUCGAAGCAUGUUUCCAGGAAAGGUCAUAUCGAAAAAUGGUCCUGACUUCUCCCAUGUUUUUUUUUUUUUGUGGGGGUUCCUCAAAGCAAAGGUGUACACUGAAAUUCCUGCAAAUCUAAAUCAGUUGAAGCAAAGAAUUUACGAUGAAAUUCGAGCAAUUCCACAAGAACUCUGUGUCCGCGUGUUUGUCCAUUUCAGAGAAUGUUUGGAGGAGACGGCGCACGUGGGAGGACAGCAUCUCGACGGUAUAAUUUUUCACAAAAAAAUUUCCAUAUUUUGUAGUUAAGUCAUUCAUAAACUCAACAAGACUAAAAGAAAGCUCAACAUACUUCUAAAAUAAGCUGUAAUUUUUAUAUAUAACUAAUUAAUAAUACUGAUUUGAUGUUUAAAGGUAGGUAUUCCCUCAAAUAAACAAAUGAAAUAUUAGGCAUUCCAACGACUUUGACAACUGCAAUGUCAGUUUUUUUUAUGUUUACUUUCUUAGGCAUUCCAACGACCUGUCAAACAAUAGCUGCCAGUGGGAAGGGCUCUUAUAUCUAAGGAGAUGCGACAUAGCCUUCUAUCUUGGACGCUAAUUUUAUUGAAAAUAGUAGUCGCCAAGCAUGCCAAUUUAUAAAAGAUGUAUACGCGGUUUUUUUUUUAAAUUACACAGUGUUUGACAAAAUAUUGAAAUUUAAUUCAUUAUUCAUGAUUUCAGGUAUUGUAGAUAGGAUACGUGUCGCAACCCUUUAGGUGAUGAUGGUGGGUGGGGUUUUCCAGGUUUCCUCACCUGGAUUUCGAAUGACACCAUUAAUCAUUUUCAUAUGUCGCCACGGCAAAUAAUAAUAAUAAUAUGCGUGUCACAAGAGCACAAUCGGCUUCAGGGGUUGAAAUUCACUCGUAAGGGGGAUAAUUAAAGAAAUUAUUAUUAUACCACACCUUCCCACCGACAGUUCUAUUGUUUGGAAUGCAUAAUACUUCAUUUGUUUAUCUGACGUUAUUCCCCAUAAUACAAAAAAAAAAAUACAGUAUCAUGGGUACUCGGCUAACUAGAUUAUUCCUAUCAAAAAUACAUAAUCAGAUUUUAUUAUUUUUUUUGUUGAUAACCUUAAAGGUACUAAUAGGAAUCGCGAGGCCGAGACAGACGACAGCAACAAGGCGGCAAAUACUACCGUGUUAAAAGUGCUGUCGCGUCUCUUUCAUCAGUCGCGAUGUCGCCUUUUACUCGCCUUGUCAAAUGGC